AUGUUAGGCCAGAAUGCUGCCGUUACUUCCUACCAAGUAUCGCAUUAUUUCAACGAAAGGGUAGCCACUCGAAAAAGUCAUGUACACAAGGCAAUCUAUAUGAUUGCUAAAAUUGUGCAAGAAAUCCUUAAAGAAGUUGAAGCACAGGAACCUCGAUUCAUUUCUACACUCAUUGAAAAUAAUGGUCGAUAUGAAGGGAUUAUAGUUCAUUCACCGUGCGAAUAUGAAGUAAUCCUAUACCUCAAUCAAAUGGGAGUUUUCAAUUUCGUCGAUGAUGGCUCUAUUCAAGGAUGUGCAGUACUAAAAUUAAGUGAUGGUAGAAAACGAUCAAUGUCAUUAUGGGUGGAAUUUAUUACCGCCAGCGGCUAUCUGUCAGCGAGGAAAAUCCGAAGUCGUUUUCAUACCCUAGUAGGACAAAGCGUAGAGAAGUCACAAUAUCGCGAUAUUUGCAAAAUGGUACCUGAUACUACUGAUGUUAAACUGAGGAUACACGAUGAUUACAUUGUCCAGAUAACUUGUGCAUUUCGAUGCAAUGGAAUUUGGCCACGAAGUGCUAGUCAUUGGCCACGAAGCAAUAUUCCCUGGCCAAAUCCAUCUAUUGCUAAUGAAGUGAAAAGUGAAGGUUUCGAUUUGUUCAGCAAGGAAACUAAUGCCGCUCAGAAUCAACCUAAUAAACAGGCCAGUUCGAUGGAAGGUGACGCAUGGGCGAUGAGUUUACACCAUGCCGAGAAUACACUACUGCAACACGGCAGCAGACGUAAAUCAUUUUCAAUUUUGAAAUGUCUACGCGACACGCAUCUCGAUUUCCCGCAAUCACCAAUUACUAAUUACAUUUUAAAAACGCUGCUGUUAUUCGAAUGCGAGAAGCAUUACAAUGAAUAUGAGUGGGAGGAACGAUUCAUCGGUGAUCGAGUCAUUGGUGUGCUAUUACAACUGGUAUCCUGUUUACAAUGCCGAAAAUGUCCGCAUUAUUUCUUGCCUCAGUUGGACCUUCUCAAAGGAGAGCCAGCACAUCUUCUCGAUCAAAGUGCAAAGAUUACUUGGAAUCUUGUUCGACAACUGAUCCUCAAUGUACGCGCUCUCGAAUCCUUAUAA